AUGUCUGCUGAAGCUCCUACCACCACCCCCGCCGCUGACAACGUUGUCAACGGCACUCCCGAGGCCACCGGCUCCCCUGUCGCUGCCGCCGCCGUUCCCGAGCCCGCCGGCGAGGGUGCCAAUGCCCAGCCCCACUCGGCUUCGCUCUACGUUGGUGAGCUUGACCCCUCCGUCACCGAGGCCAUGCUCUACGAGCUGUUCUCCUCCAUUGGUCAGGUCGCCUCCAUCCGUGUCUGCCGCGACGCUGUUACCCGUCGCUCCCUCGGAUACGCCUACGUCAACUACAACAACACCCCCGAUGGCGAGCGUGCCCUCGAGGACCUGAACUACACUCUGAUCAAGGGCAAGCCCUGCCGUAUCAUGUGGUCUCAGCGUGACCCCGCCCUCCGUAAGACCGGACAGGGCAACGUCUUCAUCAAGAACCUUGACAACGCCAUUGACAACAAGGCUCUUCACGACACCUUUGCUGCCUUCGGUAACAUUCUCUCCUGCAAGGUCGCUCAGGAUGAGUUCGCCAACUCCAAGGGCUAUGGUUUCGUUCACUACGAGACUGCCGAGGCCGCCAACAACGCCAUCAAGCACGUCAACGGCAUGUUGCUGAACGACAAGAAGGUGUUCGUCGGUCACCACAUCUCCAAGAAGGACCGUCAGAGCAAGUUCGAGGAGAUGAAGGCCAACUUCACCAACAUCUACAUCAAGAACGUUGACCUUGAGAUCACCGAUGAUGAGUUCCGCGCCAUGUUUGAGGCUUUCGGUGAGAUCACCUCCGCUACCCUCAGCCAUGACAACGAGGGCAAGAGCCGUGGUUUCGGUUUCGUCAACUACGCCAACCACGAGAGCGCUGCCGCCGCCGUUGACUCCAUGAACGAGAAGGACGUCAAGUCCCAGAAGCUCUACGUUGGCCGUGCCCAGAAGAAGCACGAGCGUGAGGAGGAGCUCCGCAAGCAGUACGAGGCUGCCCGCAUGGAGAAGGCCUCCAAGUACCAGGGCGUCAACCUCUACGUCAAGAACUUGACCGAUGACGUCGAUGACGAGAAGCUCCGUGACCUCUUCGCUCCUUACGGUACCAUCACCUCCGCCAAGGUUAUGCGCGACUCUGCUGAGCGCUCUCCCUCUCCCGAGGGUGAGGAAGCCGAGGCCGACAAGGAGACCAAGGAGGAGAAGACCGAGGAGAAGGCUGAGGAAAAGACCGAGGAGAAGACCGAGGAGAAGACUGAGGAGACCUCCGAGGAGGGUGAGGACGCCGAGAAGAAGUCCGAGAAGAAGGCCUUCGGCAAGUCCAAGGGCUUCGGUUUCGUUUGCUUCAGCAGCCCCGAUGAGGCUUCCAAGGCCGUCACUGAGAUGAACCAGCGCAUGGUCAACGCCAAGCCCCUCUACGUUGCUCUCGCCCAGCGCAAGGAUGUCCGCCGCAGCCAGCUUGAGGCUAGCAUCCAGGCCCGUAACACCAUCCGCCAGCAGCAGGCCGCCGCCGCUGCCGGUAUGCCCCAGCCUUACAUGCAGCCCGCCGUCUUCUACGGCCCCGGUCAGCAGGGUUACAUGCCCCAGCCCGGCCAGCGUGGCGGUAUGCCCUUCGCUCCCCAGCCCGGUAUGGUCAUGGCUGGCAUCCCUGGUGGACGCCCCGGCCAGUUCCCCGGUCCCUUCCCCCAGCAGGGUGGUCGCGGCAUGGGCCCCAACCAGCAGAUUCCCCCCAACUUCCAGGGUAUGCCCAUGGGUAUGCAGGGUCCUGGUGGCAUUCCUAACGGCAUGGGCUACCCCAUGGGUGGUCCUCAGUUCGGCCGUGGUGCCGGUGGCCGUGGUCAGGUUCCUGGUAUGCCCAUGAACAUGCGCGGUGGUCCCGGCUUCGGCCGUGGUGGUCCCCAGAUGGGUCGUGGCCGUGGCCAGCCCGCCCCCGCCGGUGCUCCCGCUGGCGCCGAGACCGGCUCCGCCAACCCUGCCCUCCUUGCCGCUCCCCCCGCCCAGCAGAAGCAGAUGCUCGGUGAGGCUCUCUACCCCAAGAUCCAGGCCCAGCAGCCCGAGCUCGCUGGAAAGAUUACUGGUAUGCUUCUUGAGAUGGACAACUCUGAGCUUCUUGGCCUGCUUGAUGAUGAGGAGGCUCUCCGCGGCAAGGUCGACGAGGCUCUCAACGUUUACGACGAGUACAUGAAGAACAAGGGUACCGAGGGCGAGGCCGGUGACUCCAAGCCCCAGGAGGCUGCUAAGGAGACUCCUGCCGAGGAGAACAAGUCUUAAAUGAUGUGUUCAUCCUCUGUCUUUCGGAAACCUUUGGAUGCACGUUUUUUGAUGACCUUUCCUUUCUCUUUUCCACUAUUUGUUCCUACCUUUUACCCUUUCCAUCCCUAUAUCUCUCCCUCUGAUCCUGAUAUCCCUCGGUUCGAAAAGUUUGUGUCUUAGGCAGCCACCUUAUUGGUGUUUUAGUGAAUGCGGUAUGACAUUCGGAUUUUUUUUUU